CACAAAUCGCCCAAACUUGGCGUGACAAACUUCGUGGUGUCGCAACAGCGUAGCCAUGUCGUCCACUGAGGAGGAAAGCAAGAAGCGCGCAAAGACAGGGGACAAUGUGCUGAUUUCGUGCCGGCCAGUGGAUGAUCUCCACUUGCACCUGCGCGAUGGCGACAUCAUGCAGUCCCUUGCACAGCACAUCCCGCCAUAUGUGAAGCGAGCCAUCGUCAUGCCAAACCUCGUGCCCCCGGUCAUCAACACAGACAUGGCAUUGGCGUAUCGUGAGCGAAUCAUGAAGGCCCUUCCCGCAGAAUCCGACUUCCAGCCGCUCAUGACGCUCUACCUCACCGACAACACCACGGGCGAUGAGAUUCGCAAGGCCAAGGAAACUGGCCAAAUCUUUGCUGUGAAGCUGUAUCCUGCAGGUGCGACGACCAACUCGGAUUCCGGCGUGACAGACAUCUCCAAGUGCAAGGGCGCCCUCGAGGCGAUGGCAGAGGUUGGCAUGCCACUGCUGGUGCAUGGUGAAGUCACAGACAGCGACGUCGACUUCUUUGAGCGCGAGCGCGUCUUCAUCGAACGACACAUGCGCACUAUCGUCGCCAACCAUCCAAACCUCAAGGUGGUGAUGGAGCACAUUACAACAGCAGCAGCCGUCGAGUUUGUGCGGUCGUGUGGUUCCAACGUCGCGGCCACCAUCACGUGCCAGCACCUGAUUCACAACCGAAACGCAAUCUUCGAAAAGGGCCUCCGGCCCCACAAGUACUGCCUCCCCAUCCUCAAGACGGAGGCGGAUAGGCAGGCGCUCCUUUCCGCCAUCCAAAGCGGAAGCACAAAGUUUUUCAUGGGCACAGACAGUGCGCCGCACCCGCGUCACCGCAAAGAGGCCUCUUGUUGCAGCGCUGGCUGCUACACGAUGCACGCCUCGCUCGAGCUGUACGCAACCGUUUUCCGCGCUGCCGGCUGCAUUCAACACCUGCCAGCGUUUGUUGGCGAGAACGGCGCCAACUUCUACGGACUGAAACCAAACGAAGGGCGCGUGGACAUUGUGCAGGAGCCCUGGUCAAUCCCAGAUAGCUACCCACUCGGAGACACAGAGGUCGUGCCACUGAAUGCCGGCGAGGAAAUGUCUCUUCGAGCAAAGCGCCAAUCAUGAUGGCGCACGUGUGUGUGUGUGUGUGUGUGUGUGUAUGAUUGUGCCUGCACACACGAUUGGACUCACGAGAUUCGUAUGUGCCCUUUUGUGCAAGUUGCCAUCACCAAGAACUAAACAAUGCCAGCCAGA